AUGGCCAUCCUGUCGCGGUCCUCACUCCGCUCUGUGCGACGGGCGCCCGAAGAACCUGCCGACGGUCUGGCACCGCCGAAGAAACCGCGCAUCGAUGCCUCCGACCGCAAGAGCUCCCCCGAUUGUCUCGAUGAUCCUACCGCAAAAUCUCGUACCAACCCCUUGAAACCCUCGCGACCGCGCACCUCAAAUCGCACUCGUCGCGACUCCCUUUCAUCCGUUGACACAGUCGCCUCCGUCGGGCGAUUGGCGACUCCGGCGACACGUACAAAUGGAAAUGGGACCUUAAAGACCCCACGCGCCCGCCGUGACCAAGGUACUCCCUCCGGCGCGGAUUUGCUGCGCGGCGUCCAUGAGUCGCCAGACCCAUUAGACACGAUCUCUCCAGCGCCGUCGGUCGCGAAGCAGCGCACCGUUACCCCGGCGAAUGCGGACUCGAAAGUCAAGCCGCCCACUUCGCCUGUGACCCGCUCGACUCGUCGCAAUGACAAUCGAUCGCUGGCCGACGCCGACGAGAACGCGAUCAAGGAAGAGGGUGCUUUGGAGGGCGCGACUCCGACGCGACAUAGCAAGAUCGAGGCGCCUGACAACGAGCAGCCUGCAUCGACUGACACACGGUCGGGGAGACGGUCGUUGCGGUCGACCGAUACCGGGUCGCGUUGCAAGAGCGAGCUUGCGCAGUAUUUCCACAACUAUGAACAGAUUAUCAGCUUGGAGGUCCCCGAACCUGAAUUCCUCGCCGCCAAAACAACCAUCACUCUCGUGGACGACCUACCGCGACCACUACCUUUCUGCUCCAACCCCGAGCCUACACCCUUCGGUAACCCGCUACUCAAGCUCUACGACUGUGAGAAGAUCACCCUCCACAAACCCGCAUCAAACACCCCCGCAAUCGACCCACUGAGCGAAGAGACCUAUUUCCGUGCGCACCGCAAGUUCGAACGACAAGAGAAACAACUCCGCAACAUUGAACGCAACCGCGCCCAACAUGAACAGCAAGUCAUAGAGCGUCUCCUGGACGAGCUACGCGGCCAUGACUGGCUACGCAUGAUGGGCCUGACGGGAGUCCACGAAAGCGACAAGAAGCUCUACGAGCCGAAGCGCGAUAUCCUAAUCCAAGAGCUAGUCACUCUGGUCAACAAGUUCCAAGCAUGGAAAGAUGAAGAGCGUCGACGCAAGCUGGAAAAGGAAAAAGCUCUCCCGGUGCCAGGUACCGAGGCAGCACCCAAUGUCCAGUCCCGACAGCACUCGCGCAAACGAUCCCGUCCCGCUGAAGACGUGGACAGCUCCCCGGCACCGAGGACUGAUCUACACAGCACGCCAGACGUAGACGCAGAGCCAGACCCGGACCCAAGCGACGUAGACGCCUUGGCUGCGCGUCAGCUUCAUCAAGAAGCUCGCUCAGCAAGCGCUGCUAAACCGCGUAAGACAGCACCUGCUGCUCGGAAGUCGAUCUCCAAACCCGCUCCCAACACCAACACUGCCACCACCAACACUAACAUGACCAAUACCACCAUCACCAAAACCAACGACACUGAACCAAAACCCAGCCCCAAACGCAAAAAACCCAACCCAACACCCACCAAACCUCACCCACAACCCCCAGUCCCAACCAAAACUCAAAAACCCGCCCCACGACCCCUGCAACAAGCCUCCCUCUCCCACUUCUGGAACCCGGCCCCACGACCCGGCCCAUUCACAUCCUUCUUCCGCCAACGACAUGUCCGUGAAGCAGCCAUCGCCGCAACGAAAGGUAUGCGCCGCGGCGGGUCCCGCUCAACCCUCGCAUUCGGAUACCCGGUCCCUGACCUGACAGAGCAGGACUUUGAGCUGCCGCCGGAGAUUCUGAACGAGGAUUCUAUUCAGCAGUCGCAGAGGAAGAGGCGGAGACUUAAGAGGCGGAGUUUGGGGGGAUGA